GGAAAGGGGCCGGCGCGGCGUGUGCGCGCUCAGCCGGCGAUCGCGCGCAGCACGUUCAGGGUGGGGAUGGCGGCGGCGGCGGCGGCGGCUGGGAGCGGGACGCCCAGAGAGGAGGAGGCUUCCGGAGGGGAGGCAGCAGCUCCGCAGGCCCAGGCCCCGACGAGUGCACCCGGGGCUCGGCUCUCGAGGCUGCCUCUGGCGAGAGUAAAGGCUUUGGUGAAGGCGGACCCUGACGUAACGCUCGCGGGACAGGAAGCCAUCUUUAUCCUGGCGCGUGCCGCGGAACUGUUCGUGGAGACUAUUGCAAAAGAUGCCUACUGCUGUGCUCAACAAGGAAAGAGGAAAACCCUCCAGAGGAGAGAUUUGGAUAAUGCUAUAGAAGCUGUGGAUGAAUUCGCUUUUCUAGAAGGCACUUUGGAUUGAUUGCGGAGCUGGAUGAUUUUGUGAGCCUUUGCCGCCCGCACCUUCCCCUUUCCCUGUGCCAGCCUCAGCUUUGGAGAGUCUGCCAGUUACACAGUCCUCUUCUACUUUCCCAAGCUGCACGAAGCAGAGCUCUAUGAGAGCAUUCUCCACCAACCAAGUCUUCCGUUACUCGAGUCUGUCUUCCACUUCAGGCCUGGAUGUAGCUGCUGCUGGACGGAAGGACUUUACACAGUGGCUCACUGAGCAGGAAGACCAGAGUGAAGGUCUCUGCUCAGCUUCGUUCCGUGUUUUCGAGUCCUGCCUUUGCUCUUGCCCUGUGACUGGAGAACCAGGUGGUCAGGUGCAGACUUUCUACCAACCAUCCUGAGUCACCUUUUUAUUAACUUGGUUCUUUCUCAGCAUGUCAUUGGAACGUGGGUCUAUAAUUUAAUUUAUGGGAUCCACUUCUCCUUAGGAGUCAAAGCGAUGUCCUAGCAGUUUUAUUGAAGUAUGGUUCAUUUGUCAUAAACAAUUUAAACUGUAAAAUUUGGUGGGAUUUUUUUCUUUCGAGAUAUGCAUAGGUAUGUGUAGCAAGAUUUUGAACAUUUUCCUGUGAACAGAUUGACAUGAGUCUUUGGUGUAUGACAUAAUUUCCAUCAUGUUAUUUAAAUUUUAUCUGUGCUAUGAUAUGUAUUUGUACCCUUUAAGUUGUGAAAUAGACAUAAUAUAAAGUUUCCCGUUUUAACCGCU